GGGGUAUAGACUGCGAGCGCACCACCUUCCCCAAAUGAGUGGUGAUAAAAUGUUAAUACACUACAAUGUGGGAAAGAAGUAUCUCCAUUUCAUUUUACUUGUCACUAUUUUUCUAAUUGGAUUUUCAUUAAUAGUAGCCUAAAAAGAGACAUUCAACUAAGAUAUAAUGGUGGAAACGUUGAGUUUCACAUUCUAAUUAUCAGUUGUUUCUCCUUUUCCAUCUAAAUUGUAAUCAUCUAUGUAUUAUCAGUAGUUUUCUUUUUCCACCUAAAUGAUGAUGAUCGUUCGGAUAGGAAAAAAAGAACAACGAAUAGUUAAAACGCAAAACUCACGAACGAAUAUAGUUCAAACGUGUUUAUGAUCAUUGGCCUAGUUAAUUUCAAGUAAAAAGAAAAAGGCAGUCCGUCACAUUAAAACUUCCAUUAUGCAAGUCCAAAAAGGGCUAGAAGGAGCUAUUUCCAUGGCUUGAACCCGUUACAUCCUAAUUACACUGAGACAACUUUACUGGUUACUCCAAGGCUUUCGUUUUUCACUUUCAAGAAAAGAGUAAAUCAAACAAACGUGUCCAAUAUUCUUAUUCCUUUAAAGGGCAGUCUGUCACAUUAAAGCUUCCAUUAUUCAAGUCCGGAAAGGGCUAAAAAGAGCUAUUUUCAUGACUUGAAUCUGUGAGUUCCUGAUUACAUGAAAAUAACUUCACUAAUUACUCCAAGACUCCCGUUCUGUAACUUUCAAGUAAAGAAUAAAACAAAUAAACGUGUCCAAUAUUCUUAUUCCUCUAUAUCAAAAUGAGCAUCCACACUCUUUUUACAUAAAAUAUCAAUAAAUUCUCAAGAUCUAUUACUAUUAUACAAAGUUUACUUUUGUACAUUAUAGAAACUACAUAGACAAAUUCUAUUAAUUAUUAAUAAUGCCUCGUGAAGAUGAUAGAUAUGAUAGCAUAAAGUCACCGUUGGGCUUUAUUAUUGGUCUUCCUUUUGCUUUGCUUGCUCUUCUCGUCUCUCUCCUUGGCCUUAUCGUCUUGAUCGUCGUGUUGACAUUGAGUUGCAUAUGCCCAUGUCUGUGUGCAAUUGCAUUUGUUCAAUAUGCAUGGGAGUUGAUAAAGGAAUUUGCAUGGGAGUUGAUAAAGGCACCAAUUCAUGUUAUGAAGUGGUUCACUUGGUUUAAGUGUCUAUUUGUGCACACUAAAGUUGGAGGUCAUAGAUGAAAUUUGAGGUCAAGUUAAAGGGUAAGCUUAUGUAUUAUGUCAUAUACAUAUCUAUCUAUCUAUUUAUAUAUCAUCCAUAGCCUAAGGGGGAAAGAGAAACUUCUGCAAAAUUGUGUUCUUUGGUGACUUAGAAAUGUUGUAUGUCACUCUUAAACUAUUUAUCUUUCAACAUCUAACUACAUCUUCAUAAAAUUCAAAAGAUCACCUAAGGUAAGAUAAAACUAUUUGCUUUCCAAUUCUAAUCAUUCAUCUUUACAAAAUUCAGUAGACCUAAGACAAGCGAAACAAGUUCAUUCAAUAAAAAAAGAAAAACAGUCCGGUGCACUUAAGCUAUCAUUAUGCGCAGUGUCCGGGGAAGGGCCAGGCUACCACAAGAGUGUAUUGUACGCAAUCUUGCCUUACAUUUCAAUCAGAGGCUGUUUUCAAGGCUUGAACCAGUGACCUCCUGGUCACAUGACAACAACUUUACCAGUUACUCCAAUCAAAACUAUACUCCUCGAAGCAUUCUUUUAUAAUAAUGCAAGUAUUACUUAUAUUUUAUCGGAUUUCGAUCUAGAUAAACUUACCCUAGCUUAUAUGAAUAUGUAAAUACGUUCAAGUUUACAUACAACAUGCAGAACAAUUACUCAACCAUAACUAUAUUUGAUAAUACCAACAAAAAGAGAGAAUUAUAGAAAAAUUCUCGUAAAAAUGUAUCGAAAGGAAUUAAAGUUUCAUUUAAGAUUUAAUACAUAGUUUAGACUAAAAAAAAGUAAAUAAUUAAUAGAUAAAAGUGUAAGAUUUGCUAAAAUACUAUUAACUUUCACCAACAAAAUAAAAAUUGAGAUAACCAAACAAAUGAACUAGUGAAACUUUUAUUAUAAAAUGGGACAGAAAACCGUCACUUUCACAUAAAGAAUAAAUUCUUUUCCUUGCAAUCUUAUAUUCCU